GGGCAAGGAGUAAACAGGUAACAGAUAGAGAAAGAGAGAGAGAGCGAGAGAGAGAGACAUACACACACAAAGAGAGUGAGCGACAGACGAGAGAGAGAGAGAGAGAUCCCGUGGGCACAACUCAGACACUGAAACAGUCAUCAUCUUCCAAGGACCAACACAGGUGAGAGAGAGACUAAAGACUCUGACCAUGGCGUCAUUCGAACCUCAGGGCCAGUCUCCUCCUUGCUGUGGCCCCCAGUUCCCCAGCCUGGGCCAGGAACCUCCAGAACUCAGCAUGUACAGUGACUGCUACUAUCCUCCUCCAUCGCUCCCCAGCCCCCAGCGCACCCCCAACACCUCCUACGACUACAGCACCUCCUCCCCCAACCCUUACCUGUGGUUCAACGGAUCCGGCAUCAACGCUCCCCCAUACCUGGCCACUGCAGGGCCUCCAGGUAACCCCGGGCCCCCCUUCGUCCCCCAGCACUACGGAAUGCAGAGGCCCUACCUGGGGUCCAGCGGGGCGGGGGUCCCUGGGGGGGAGCUGAGCUGGUUCUCUCUGCCCUCACAGGAAGACCUGAUGAAGCUGGUACGCCCGCCCUACUCCUACUCUGCCCUCAUCGCCAUGGCGAUCCACGGCGCCCUGGAGCGGCGGUUGACCCUGAGUCAGAUCUACCAGUACGUGGCCGAUAACUUCCCCUUCUACAACAAGAGCAAGGCUGGCUGGCAGAACUCCAUCAGGCACAACCUGUCACUCAACGACUGCUUUAAGAAGGUCCCCAGAGAUGAGGACGAUCCUGGUAAGGGUAACUACUGGACACUAGACCCAAACUGUGAGAAGAUGUUUGACAAUGGAAACUUCCGUCGUAAGAGGAAGAGGAAGUCUGAUUCACUGUCUGGAGGAGAGGGGGAGUCAGUGGGGCUGGAGUCAGGUGACCCCAAUGGCCAGGGGAGUCCCCAACCCCCCAGCAACCAUGGGAUCGACAUGUCCCCCACGCCAGAAAGAAUCCCCUCCCCUUCCUCCUCAGGUACCGCCCCUUGCCUUAGCAGCUUCCUGUCUGAGAUGUCUGGAGUGGCGUCUGGGGGAGCUGUAAUCGGAGGAGAUUCGCUGAACCAGGCCCUGCCCAUAACCCUUUCCCUGGACGGGACCCAGAGGCCUACACAGCCUGGGGGUUUUGGUAGUUACUGCCCUAGCUCAGGUGCUUCGGAGUGGGCUUCCCAGCUGCCGCCUCCCCCUGGCCUCUCCUCCUCGCCCACCCACUCCUCCCUGGGUUACAGCAGCCCCAUCCUCAGCCAGUUCAAUGGGCAUUUCUACCCUGGCUUGGGCUCAGCAAGCAUCCUAUACCCACGGGAAGGCACGGAGGUCUGAAGAGACUGAUAGAGGGAGAAACAGGGAUGGGCAGAAGUUAGCUAGAGGUCUGAAGAGACUGAUAGAGGGAGAAACAGGGAUGGGCAGAAGUUAGCUAGAGGUCUGAAGAGACUGAUAGAGGGAGAAACAGGGAUGGGCAGAAGUUAGCUAGAGGUCUGAAGAGACUGAUAGAGGGAGAGACAGGGAUGGGCAGAAGUUAGCUAGAGGUCUGAAGAGACUGAUAGAGGGAGAAACAGGGAUGGGCAGAAGUUAGCUAGAGGUCUGAAGAGACUGAUAGAGGGAGAAACAGGGAUGGGCAGAAGUUAGCUAGAGGUCUGAAGAGACUAAAGAAAGAAGGAGAGUGAGAAAGAGACUUCUACCUGAGACUGAACUGAACUGUCUGCACACAAACACACACACAUACACACACACACAGUCAGUUAGCGCUGACAGGGCAGGGCUCAGUUGCAUGUGACAGCAGGAUUAGCAGGCCUGGUUCCCACAGAAACAGCAGAGUCAGCCAUGACACACAAAUCUAUAAUUGCUGACUGUCAUGACAUUUUGUAUAUAUUUGUAUUUAAGUUGUGUAUUUUAUUGGUUACGUAUGUGUUUUUAUCUCUGAGUGCUUGCGUCUAAAACAUUUGUUCAACAUGUGCCAUUGUAGAAUACUGAUUUGCGAUGGACGGUGCAAACCUGGGUUCAGAUACAUGUGUAUUGAGUAUUUGUUAUUCGAAUACUUUUUUCUGUGUAUUUAAGUAUUUUCAAAUAAACAGCUCAAAACAAAUACUUUUAAUUGAGCAUUUGAAUGGUUAUUUGUGAAAAAACAAAUAGUCAACCAGAUUGAAUUUGAAAGUAUUUUCAAAUAUUUAUUUCAUAUACUAAUUUCAGAUACCUGGGUUAAACGCAUGGGAGAGUAUUUGAGUCAGUGUAUUUGAGUAUUUCCUAAUAUUUUCCAAGUGUAUUUACAAAUACAUUUCAAUAUUCAACUACUUGUUUUUUUUCUUCAAAUAAAUUCAAUCUGAAUACUUGUUUUGAAAAGUAUUGAAAAGUAAUUGAAAUACCUUAAGUAGUAUUUGAACCUAGGUCUGGUAUGGCUUAUACCAACAUUGGUCUGAUGUUUGUUUUUGAUAAGAAUAAUAAAAUACAGAAAAACGUUC